AUGUUCAAAACUGCCCUUCAGGCUGCCACCCGCCCCGCCCUCAACGCCGUCCGUUCCUCGGCCAGGCCUGCCGUCGCCCUCCGCGCGUUCUCCACCACCCAACGCGCAAACUCGGGCCCUCCUCCUCCCCAGCUCUACGGUUCCGGAGGAAAGCCCGGCCAGGUCCCCACCGACAUUGAGCAGGCCACCGGUAUCGAGCGUCUGCAAUUGCUCGGUGAGCUUGAGGGUGUCAACGUUUUCGACGACAGCCCAUUGGACUCCAGCCGAAUUGGCACCAAGGCCGACCCCAUCAAGGUCCUUUCCUAUGAUGUCGAGCGCAUGAUUGGCUGCACUGGCUCCCCUGCCGACUCUCACGACGUUACCUGGUUCAUGGUGAACAAGGACAAGAUUUCCCGCUGCGUGGAGUGCGGCUCCGUGUACGCUCUCGACUUCCGGGGUGAGGAGCACGCUGAGCACCACCACUAAGCAUACCCACUCUUGAUAGUUUUGUGCUGGACCUAUCAUUAUCAUACUCCCGCCAUCCGCAAUAGAACGCAAUUCGCUCAUU